AUGAACAAGUCCCCAAUAACCUGCCACAUUCUCGACGCAUCGCUUGGUAGGCCAGCCGAGGGAGUGGAGAUUCGCUUGCAGCGUAUCGAAAUAGCCGCCGACGGUACGAUGGUGGCACACCCACUAGCACAAGGCUCUACCAACUCCGAUGGUCGCUGCGUCGACCUAUUGCCCGUAAAGGGAUCACAGGAGGAGCAGGAACGAAAUACAGCCCUGCAGGGCGGCCAAACCUACAAGAUCGUCUUCAGGACGAAGGAGUACUUUGAGAAAACGGGAAGGACAUCCUUCUAUCCUUGGGUAGAGCAUUCCCAUGUGUUCCAGAUUCCUUUCACAAUCCAGAAACCAGAAGAGCACUAUCACAUUCCAUUGCUAAUCAGCCCGUUCUCAUUCACAACGUACCGAGGAAGUUGA